UGUGGAGUGCAAUAGAGAUKGAAUAAUCUGUGCGUUUUUUCUUAACUCUAUUCUUAACUGCCUAAUAAACACAUCCAGCAGAAAAUGUCUCUUCUACUUUCAGAAAUGUUKUGGGACUGUGGUUCGGGCCGGGGGAGGUUCUGGAGGUUUUCGUGGGGAGAGGAGUGUAGCCUGGCUGGCGACACAGUUUAGCCCUCAGGGUAAACUGGGAAUGAAGCAUUCACUCCCCUCGCUCUGUAAUUUUGAGUUCAGUUGGGUUGGGUGCCGUCACAGUGCAGUGCAGUCUCGCCGAGGGACUUUGGAUAGACUCURAAGAGUUCAACGCUUCACAAUAGGCCUAUUGUUUUGGUUUUAUUUUGGGGAGUUGAUGUUUACUUUUCAAACUUGAAUUUCAACUUACUAGGCCUUUCUUACGAGUCUCCUCUAUUUCUGGAGGUUUUUAUUAGGGGAGUGAAGGAGGGCCGUGCAGGAUGAAUGGAACUACUUCUGAGAAGGCGACAUCGAGCCUUUCGUCUGAUCUCCACUCCACAGUGAGCUGUCACCCGGGCGCCAAUGAUUUGCCGACCCUGCCAAAGUCUUCUCCCAUGGACAUGGGGUUCUACAGCGGCCAGACGACGCACAGCCACCACGACUACUACCCCAGCCACAGUCAGUCCUGCUUGCAACCAAUGAAGCCAUACUCGUAUCAUCACCACUACAAUCUCCAUGGGGCCUACAUUGCCAAAUCGGAAAACCCUUAUCCUCAUACGCAAUAUGCUCAUUAUACCCGGGACGUACAGUCACAUCUCCAAGAUAUCGUGAAAGAGGAACCAGAGCCUGAGGUGAGAAUGGUCAACGGAAAGCCUAGAAAAAUCCGAAAACCUCGCACCAUAUAUUCUAGUUACCAGCUCGCUGCGUUGCAACAUCGCUUCCAGGGAACUCAGUAUUUGUCUCUUCCUGAGAGAACCGAACUAGCGGCUCAACUCGACGUGACACAAACACAGGUCAAGAUCUGGUUCCAGAAUCGCCGUUCCAAAUUCAAGAAGCUGUACAUUAACGGGGAAGUUCUACUGGACCACAGCCCAGGAGCCAGUGACUCUAUGUCCUGCAAUUCACCCCCGUCCCCGGCCAUUUGGGACCGUAGUGUACCCACAGACCCCGCCACUAGAGAGCAGGCUCCCCAGCCCUCCCUCAGCUCCUCUCUAUGUUAUGUGGAGAACUACACUCAUCACUGGUAUCAACAGACCUCACAGUCACGCUCACAGCACUCAGGACUGGUUCUUCAGCACACAACACACAACCUAAGAAUAAUGGGGGCGGUGUACUACCACACAUUGUUACCGGUAACCAACUGUGGGUAA